AGAGGCAAAUGCACAGCUGUGCAGAGCCACAGUCAGGUUGAUUGCACUCUCCUGACCAUUUUCCGACCGAACGCAAACAAACCGGGAAAAAAAAUCCCCCCUCCCCACAACAGAAACAUGUUCCAAGACAAAGAGCUGGACUUCGGGCAUUUUGACGAAAGGGACAAGAGUCGUUACUCCAAAGGUGCCCGGAUGAACGGCUUGCCCAGCCCCACGCACAGCGCCCACUGUAGCUUCUACCGUACCCGGACCCUGCAGGCCCUGACCACCGAGAAGAAAGCCAAGAAGGUCCGCUUCUACCGCAACGGCGACCGCUACUUCAAGGGUAUCGUGUACGCCGUCUCCUCCGACCGCUUCCGCUCCUUCGACGCGCUGCUGGCCGACCUGACCCGGACCCUCUCCGACAACGUGAACCUGCCCCAGGGCGUCCGCAUCAUCUUCAACAUCGACGGCAGCGGGAAGGUGGGCAGCCUCGACGAGCUGGAGGAAGGAGGGAGUUAUGUCUGCUCGUCGCACGACAUCUUCAAAAAGGUGGACUACACCAAGAACGUGAACCCCAACUGGUCGGUAAACGUCAAGGCUUCUGGGACCCAGAGAGUGCCCCAGUCCCUGGCCAGCGCCAAGCACACAACCGAGGUCAAGGAGACCAAGGAGUUUGUGCGCCCCAAGUUAGUGACUGUUAUCCGGAGCGGGGUCAAGCCCCGGAAAGCAGUGAGAGUUCUCCUGAACAAGAAGACGGCGCAUUCCUUCGAGCAAGUUCUCACCGACAUCACCGAGGCCAUCAAGCUGGAGACGGGCGUGGUCAAGAAGCUCUACACCUUGGAUGGUAAACAGGUGAGUGUCAGUCAAUGCGAUUUCGUCAGCUGUCAAUCAGGGAAACCCAGGUUGAUUGCACUCUCCUGA